AUGGAUAUCCUGCAUGCUGCAGUUGCGGGUGUGGUGGCCCGUUUAUUGUGUCACCCCCUUGACACAAUGAAAACAGUAGUGUUUACAGGAUUCUCUGGCGAUUCUCAUCUGUCCAAUGUGAAUUUAAAACAACCAGUUACUUCCAACUUUUCAUAUUUUGUACGCUCUAUUUGGUGUCGUGAAGGUGUGGCCGGUUUUUACCGUGGAGUUGGUGUGGCCACGUUGGGUUCAGCCCCCGGUGUAGCUCUCUACUUGACAACAUACAAAUGGACCAGCAGUUUUAUUCAGAAACAGCGCGAAGCCAAUAACUCUAUUAUUUUAAAUGCCCUACCUUUGUGGUCUUUUCACUUUUUCCUCGGACUCCUUGCGGAGGCGGUGAGUUGUGUCUUUUGGGUUCCUGUUGAUGUGGCGAAGGAGCGUUUGCAGUCACAACCUCCAUCGCAACCAGGAAGAUACCGUGGAAGCUAUGAUGCCCUGCGGACCAUAGCGAAGUAUGAAGGUCUAUGUGGGUUAUAUAAGGGUUACUGGUCGACUCUGGCCUCUUUUGGACCGUACUCCGCAGUAUACUUUGUUUUUUAUGAAUUUUUUAAUGGUAUUUUUUCUGAACGUUUAUUAUUUGGUCCUUUUACCUCUGCGCUCUGUGCAGGAGGUCUGGGCAAUAUAGCUGCAUCUAUAAUAACAAAUCCACUGGAAUUCAUAAAGACACGCCUACAAGUACAGCAGACGGUGCUAUCAGUGAAUGGAACUCCUACAACAGUAAAUGGGUUUAACUACCACUAUAAAGGGAUUAUAGAUGGACUCUCUGCUGUUGCACGAGAGGAAGGUCCCCGUGCACUUUGGCGUGGCGUAGGAAAUAGGAUAGCGUACGCAGCUCCUAACGCGGCUUUGACAAUGGCCUUUUACAACUACCUUCAAUCAAGAUAG